GCCCUUUACUCGAGACUCCGAGCAGAACCUGCAUUUUCUAAGGCACAUUUCCAUCCCGCAAACAUGCGUUUCGGCUCCGAUUUCUACGUUACCGCUCUCCUCCUUUCGCAGGUCGUAGCAGCACGCGAUUUGACCAUUCGACGUACAAGUGAGAGAAUCCCUGCUUCUCCCUCUUUUGAAUUUGCCUUUUAUUGAAGCACUCCCUCUAGGCGUUAGAAUGCACGCCUGUGUCUGGUUCGACAAGGCCCCCUCAACGCCCAUCCGCAUCGACUUCGCUACCGGCUCCCACUUCGACAGAUGCAUGUAUGAAUCCGGCGACAGUGUUUCCUUAAAGAUUAGCCGUAGCGGCUUGUCAUGCACUGCGAUUGGGCAUGUCACACAAGAAUACGACGAUGGGUGCAAUAGGGCAGGAGGCAUCUGGACGCUGGCGUACCGUGGCGGCGGAUAUGCUGGUGACACGGCGAGCUAUUGGCAUACUUCUCCCGCUUCUGACAGGACCGCACGGUGCACUCUGCAGAAAUCCACCCCGUGGACUGAUGUUUGCCGUUCGGAGGAGGUCUGCGGGAACAGAGAUGUGAGGUGGAGUGUGUACGAUGAGCCCGAUCUUUGGGUGGUUUUUAAGCCUGAGAUGGAUGGCAAAGAGGAGCUUUUUAAGGCUGAUAUUGCUGGAAAAGACAGUAACGGUGACGAAAAGAGUCUUCUAGUAGAAGCACAACGCAGCCCUACCCCUGCCUGUGAGUAUCCUCCCCAGCAUCGUAUCUUGCCCCUCAAACACCCCUUCAUCACUCUAACACGCGAACCCCCCAGGCGCAAAGUUUCACGCCUGUGUCUACCUCCACAAAACCCCCUCCCGCGUCGAAGGCUUCCACUUCUACAGCCACAACAACAACUGCAUGCGCAAGAUCGGGACGGAAGCCCUGAUCAUCACGCGCAGCGCGGGCCUUACUUGCGAGCCCCUCGGCGUCGUUGAGGAAGACUAUGAGGAGGGCAAGGACUGCACUACUCACGCUCACGUCUGGAGGCUGUCGUGCCAGGGUGAUGGCUACCAUGCCACGCUGAACAGCGAAUGGAACUAUGCCCGCUGGC